AUGGAGAGCCUGCUGGAGAACCCGGUGCGCGCCGUGCUCUACCUGAAGGAGCUCACGGCCAUCGUACAGAACCAGCAGAGCCUCAUCCACACCCAGCGCCAGCGCAUCGACGAGCUGGAGCGGCGGCUGGACGAGCUGAGCGCAGAGAACCGCAGCCUGUGGGAGCACCAGCAGCUUCUGCAAGCCCAGCCUCCGCCCGGGCUCGUGGCCCCGUCGUCAGCCCAGCUGCGAGCUCCUGCGUCCGCCUCUCCCGCCGCCCCCGCCGGCGGCGCCGUCGCCGCGGCCCAGGAGCAGCUCCAGGACCACGGACAGCCGCCGCUCGCCGCCCCUCAGCCCUCAACCGAGCAGCCUCCGCUUCAGCACCACGGACAGCUCACGGCGCAGCCCCAGCCCGGCCCGGCCAGCAGGGGUCACCCACCCCAGUCGCCCCACCAGCACCGGGUGACACUUGGGGCCGUGGCCGACAAGGAGAAGGAGCGUCCCCCGAGUUGUUGCGCUGCCGCCGGAGCUCUCCUACAGCACAAAUCCUCGGCUGCCCUGGGCAAGGGCGUCCUGAGCAGGAGACCCGAGAAUGAGACCGUGCUGCACCAGUUCUGCUGCCCAGCUGCUGACGCCGAGCAGAAGCCUGCCUGCUCCGACCUGGCCUCCCACAGUGACGGCUCCUGUGCCCAGGCCGGUGGGGGCAUGGAGGACUCCGCAGUGGCAGCCAGCAGACCCAGUGCCCAUGCCCCGAAGGCUCAAGCCCAGGAGCUCCAGGAGGAGGAGGAGCGGCCGGGGGCGGGGGGUGCCUCCCCCAGGGCUGGCACCCAUCGUGCGGCCUCCCCCGGCCAGCAGCAGCCUGCCCUGGCGACAGCACCCUGCUCCCACACCCCUGGCGCCUCUGAUUACGAACUCUCCCUUGACCUAAAGAAUAAACAGAUUGAAAUGCUAGAACACAAGUACGGGGGCCACCUCGUGUCCCGACGCGCUGCCUGCACCAUCCAAACCGCCUUCCGCCAGUACCAGCUUAGCAAGAACUUCGAAAAGAUCCGCAACUCGCUGCUGGAGAGCCGCCUGCCUCGGCGGAUCUCCCUCCGCAAGGUGCGGGCGCCCACCGCUGAGAGCUUGGCAGCUGAGAAGGCGCUCAUGGAAGGCUACGGGCUUGUGGGGCUGCCGCUGGUGCGCUCGCCCUCGCUGCCGCCCACCUUCGCGGGCACACUCACAGAGCUGGAGGACUCUUUCACCGAGCAGGUGCAGUCCCUGGCCAAGUCCAUCGACGAUGCCCUCAGUACCUGGAGCCUCAAGACCAUGUGCUCCUUGCAGGAGGGUGGCGCUUAUCAGAUCCACCAGGCCCUGCAUGCAGACUCGGGGCAGCCUGGCCUGGAGGGUGAGAUGCUGGAGCCUGAGGGCUCGGGCCCAGGGCUGGGGGAUGAGGCCGUGGAGGCCGCCAGCCUGCCCCAGAGCCACAGCAGCACCCUCAUGAUGGCUUUCCGAGACGUCACAGUGCAGAUUGCCAACCAGAAUAUCUCUGUCUCCUCCUCCACGGCUCUGUCUGUGGCCAACUGCCUGGGCGCAGUGCAGACAGCCCAGGCCACAGCUGAGCCUGCAGCCAGCAGUGGUGAGCAGGACGAGGCCCAGCAGGUCCCUGCCAUGGGCCAGGGGGACACGCCCACAGAGGACACAGGCCCAGAUGCAGCAGCGGUCAGCCAGGCCACUGACACCCACCAGCCAGUCGCUGCUGAGGCGGUGGUGGAGGAGGCUGUGGUUACUGAGGCAGAGGAAGAGGCUGGGGAGGCAGCGAAAGGGACAGAGGCCGAGGGAGGUGACAACUCUGAGCAGCUGAGCAGCAGCAGCACAUCCACCAAAUCAGCCAAGUCCAGCUCGGAGGUGUCAGCGGCAGCAUCCAAAGAGGCCCUUCAGGCCAUGAUCUUGAGUCUGCCCCGCUACCACUGCGAAAACCCUGCUAGCUGCAAGUCGCCCACACUCUCUACCGACACCCUGCGCAAGCGGCUCUACCGCAUUGGCCUCAACCUCUUCAACAUAAACCCGGACAAGGGCAUCCAGUUCCUGAUCUCGCGCGGCUUCAUCCCUGACACGCCCAUUGGCGUGGCGCAUUUCCUCCUCCAGCGCAAGGGCCUCAGCCGCCAGAUGGUCGGAGAGUUCCUGGGCAACAGCAAGAAGCAGUUCAACCGCGACGUGCUGGACUGCGUGGUGGAUGAGAUGGACUUCUCCAGCAUGGAGCUGGACGAGGCCCUGCGGAAGUUCCAGGCGCACAUCCGCGUGCAGGGUGAGGCCCAGAAGGUGGAGCGGCUCAUCGAGGCCUUCAGCCAGCGCUACUGCAUGUGCAACCCCGAGGUGGUGCAGCAAUUCCACAACCCCGAUACCAUCUUCAUCCUGGCCUUCGCCAUCAUCCUCCUCAACACCGACAUGUAUAGUCCCAACAUUAAGCCUGACAGGAAGAUGAUGCUCGAAGACUUUAUCCGAAACCUGCGAGGUGUGGAUGACGGUGCCGACAUCCCCAGGGAGCUGGUGGUAGGCAUCUAUGAAAGGAUACAGCAGAAGGAACUCAAGUCCAACGAGGACCAUGUCACCUAUGUCACCAAGGUGGAAAAGUCCAUUGUGGGCAUGAAGACAGUACUGUCGGUGCCGCACCGUCGCCUGGUCUGCUGCAGCCGGCUCUUCGAGGUGACAGAUGUGAACAAGCUGCAGAAGCAGGCCGCACAUCAGAGAGAAGUGUUCCUCUUCAACGACCUGCUGGUGAUCCUCAAACUAUGUCCAAAGAAGAAGAGCGCCUCCACAUACACCUUCUGCAAGUCGGUCAGCCUGCUGGGCAUGCAGUUCCACCUCUUUGAGAAUGAGUAUUACUCCCAUGGCAUCACCCUGGUGACUCCCCUGUUGGGCUCUGAGAGGAAGCAGGUGCUGCACUUCUGCGCCCUGGGCUCGGACGAGAUGCAGAAGUUCGUGGAAGACUUGAAGGAGUCCAUCGCUGAGGUGACAGAGCUGGAGCAGAUCCGGAUAGAGUGGGAGCUGGAGAAGCAGCAGGGGACAAAGACACUCUCCUUCAAGUCCGGGGGAGCCCAAGUGGAACCACAGUCAAAGCAAGGAUCGCCCACAGCCAAGAGGGACGCCGCGCUGGGGGAGAAGCCCACGGACAGCCCCGGGGAGGUGUCAAUUCACAACAGGCUUCAAACGUCCCAGCACAACUCCAGGCUGGGGACCGAGAGGGGAGCGCCAGCGCCACUGCCAGACCCGCAGCCUAGCCCUUUGAGAGAGCAGCCCCCACCACUGCCGCCGCUGCCACCCACACCCCCAGGCACCCUGGUGCAGUGCCAGCAGAUUGUCAAGGUCAUUGUCCUGGACAAGCCCUGCUUGGCACGCAUGGAGCCCCUGCUGAGCCAGGCUCUCUCCUGCUACACCUCGUCCUCCUCUCAUUCCUGCGGCUCCACACCUCUGGGCGGCCCAGGGUCCCCGGUCAAGGUCAUCCACCAGCCUCCGCUGCCUCCACCCCCACCCCCUUACAACCACCCUCACCAGUUCUGCCCACCCGGCUCCCUGCUGCACCGGAGGCGCUACUCCAGCGGCUCCAGGAGCCUGGUGUAGCUCUGCCCCCAGCAGGCUGCUGCCCUGGGAAGGCUGGCCACCAGAGGGGGACUCAGCUGCACCCCAUGUCCUGGCAUUCCUGCUCACCAACCACUGUUUGGAAAGAGAACCCUGAUCCCUGGCAUGUGGACAUGCUUGAUCCAGCCAUCCUGCCCUUACUCAGCAAGCACCCCCAAACCUGGAGACACCGCCUCCCUCUCCCAAGGCCUUGCACAGCCAGGCAAGGUGACAUCUCGGGCCACCACUCUUCCCAGUUGGGCCAUGGAGCAAGGAAACUCCGAGCU